GCUGCACCCACAACAACUACAGCUGCUCCAACCACAACUACUACAGCUGCUCCAACUACUGCUGAUCCCACAACAAAUACUGCCGCAUCCACCACAACUACUGCUGCACCUACAACAACUACAGCUGCUCCAACCACAACUACUGCUGCACCC